CUAUAAAUAUAGUAUUUAUCUGUGAUUAACAAUUUUAAUAACUUAACUACAAAAUGAUUUUUUUGACACUUUAAAAAUAACUUUUUUUUUUGAUAAGGUACUACCUCUUAUUUUAAUGUCGAUUUCAAUACACUAUUCCCUUUGUAUCAUUUUAAGAAGUGUUUAAAGUUUUUGCACAAAUAUUAAAAAAAUAUAAAUUUUUAUAUAAUUGACUUUGGUUACAUAAAAUAACAUUAAAUAAAACUAAUUCAACCAAGAAAAAAAGAUGCAGUAUUUUAUAAUUGGUCAAAAAUUUCAAAUGAUACUAAAUUUUACAUAGAAUUGUGAGAACAUCAUUUAUUUUGAAACAAAAUCAAAAUCUUUAAACAUUAGUUAAACUGAUAUGGAGGGAGUAUAUCGUAAUUUCAUUUAAAAUAUACUAGGAAACAAAAAUUCACUGUAUAAAUAAACUCACUUUGUCUCUCUUACGUGGUCAGAAAUAUCUAAGACUCUUUUUGUUUUUCUUUCAUUUCGACAAGAAAACUAAGAAACAGACAAAAAGACAAUGGACGGAACAGUCAAUGUUCUUUCAAACUUAAGCGACAUAGAACUACACAACUUCUUGGUCGAUCCAAACUUCGAUCAGUUCAUAAAUCUCAUUAGAGGAGAUGAUCAAACCAAUAAAAACCCAUCUCUUGAGUUCGAUCUUGGUGGUCCUUUCCAAAACAGUCCAAGUUUCGUCGACGAGAACCAUUUUAUCCCAUCACAUGUCAAUGACCUUUUCGACGAACUGCCUGACUUGGACUCCAAUGUCGCCGAGUCCUUCCGUAGCCUCGACGCAGAGAGUGUUAAGGCAGGCGGUGACGACGAUUACAACGACUACGACGACUCUUCAGCCACCACGACGCAUACUGAUGGAAGCCGUAAGACGAGGACGGAUCGGUCAAAAACUUUGAUCUCUGAGAGGAAAAGGAGAGGCCGUAUGAAGGAUAAGCUUUACGCAUUGAGAGCUCUUGUUCCUAACAUUACUAAGAUGGACAAAGCAUCUAUAGUUGGAGAUGCGGUGGCUUAUGUUCAAGAACUGCAAUCCCAAGCCAAGAAACUCAAGGCAGACAUCGCUGGCCUUGAAGCUUCUUUAAACUCUACUGGAGGGUACCAAGAACCUGCACCAGAUGCUCACAAAACUCGUCGCGGUCUCAAUCCUCCUGUUUCCAAGAAAAUUAUUCAGAUGGAUGUUAUUCAGGUAGAGGAGAAAGGAUUUUAUGUGAGAUUGGUGUGUAAUAAAGGAGUAGAUGUUGCUCCAUCACUCUACAAGUCUUUGGAGUCUCUUUCAAGUUUCGAAGUGCAAAACUCCAAUCUAAGCUCUCAUUCUCCUGACACAUACCUCUUGACAUAUACAUUGGAUGGGACAUGUUUUGAACAGAGUUUAAACUUGCCUAACCUGAAGCUGUGGAUCACUGGAUCACUUCUAAACCAAGGUUUUGAAUUCGUCAAGGCAUUUACUUGAUUCUAUAAUGCAAUCUGAUUAAUAACCGGUUCUGCAUUUCACUGAUUGUCUUCCUUUAUGUAUGUUUCAUAACUUCCAUGGGUAUAAUUUUUAAUUCUAAAGCUGAUGAGUAGUAUUUUUUCAUUUUGCUUAUAAUCUCAACUCUUUUAAGUUUGUCAUAAGAGAGUGAUGUUAUUGGAAGACCAUUCACAUUCUUGAUUCUACGUCUUGAUUAUAUUCUUCAUGUAAUCUCCAUUCAUCUAGUUCUUUUGUAACCGCGCUAUUCAUAA